AUGAAUGCGAAAAGAAGAAUUACACCAAUAGUACAAGUCGUCCUCCAACCGGGUGAUGUUCGAGAUUUAUACCCACAAGCAAGGCAUGAGGUAUCAGAUGGCACUGCACCUGAGCAACAGUUCGGAUAUUUUUCAUACCGCGCGGCAAUGACAGAUAUUCAACAAACUCAAUUCCGUCUAGGUCGCAUCCCGAGAUCGUGGAGGAAUGCAAACCUUUCUUUGAUUGGCUAA